UGUGAGCUGUCAAGGGGUGCACGCUGAGCUCUGCUUUUGGGAGCCAGGGGGCAGUGCUGAGCAGGGAGGAGCUUGAGCCGAGGUGGAGCUGCUGUGGAAGGCCAGGUGAGGCCUUUCUCCAUUUGGGUCCUGCACAGAAGCACAUCGCAGAUGUGUUCACGAAGCGACAGGAAUGUGGGAUACCUGGCAGCAGCCUUCUGAGCCUGGCAGUUGGGGUGACUUCCUUUCCAGAUGGUCUCAGCCUGCAUCUUAGGGUCUGGUAGGACAGCCCUUCAGAUUGGGGACAGCCUGAACACGGAAAAAGCCACGCUGAUUGUCGUCCACACGGAUGGAAGCAUCGUGGAGACCACAGGGCUGAAGGGCCCAGCAGCGCCCCUCACCCCAGGUCCUCAGUCCCCUCCAACUCCUCUAGCUCCUGGCCAGGAGAAAGGCGGAACCAAAUACAACUGGGACCCGUCCGUGUACGACAGCGAGCUGCCCGUGCGGUGCCGGAACAUCAGCGGGACCCUGUACAAGAGCAGGCUUGGCUCAGGAGGCCGGGGGCGAUGCAUUAAGCAGGGGGAGAACUGGUACAGUCCUACCGAGUUUGAAGCCAUGGCAGGAAGAGCCAGCAGUAAAGACUGGAAGAGAAGCAUCCGCUACGCCGGCAGACCUCUGCAGUGCCUCAUCCAGGAUGGGAUCCUGAACCCUCACGCUGCCUCCUGCACCUGUGCUGCCUGCUGUGAUGACAUGACCUUGAGUGGCCCGGUCAGACUCUUCGUACCUUACAAAAGGCGCAAGAAGGAGAAUGAAAUGCCCACGACUCCGGUCAAGAAGGACCCCCCCAAGAACAUCACGCUGCUUCCAGCCACUGCCGCCACCACCUUCACCGUGACCCCCUCAGGACAGAUCACUACCUCUGGCGCUCUGACCUUCGACCGGGCAUCCACUGUGGAGGCUACCGCUGUCAUAUCAGAGAGUCCGGCCCAGGGCGACGUCUUUGCUGGAGCGACAGUGCAAGAGGCCGGCAUGCAGCCCCCGUGCAGGGUGGGCCACCCCGAGCCACACUACCCUGGUUAUCAGGACAGCUGCCAGAUCACACCCUUUCCAGAAGCGGCGUUGCCAACAUCACACCCCAAAAUAGUGUUGACAUCCCUGCCUGCCCUGGCGGUCCCGCCUUCCACCCCCACCAAAGCUGUGUCCCCCACGGUGGUCAGCGGCCUGGAGAUGUCGGAGCAGCGGAGUUGGCUGUACCUGGAGGAGAUGGUCAACUCUUUAGUCAGUACAGCGCAGCAGCUGAAGACGCUGUUCGAGCAAGCCAAACAGGCCAGUUCCUACCGCGAAGCCACUGCGACCCAGGCCAAAAUUCAAGCGGACACAGAGAGGAAAGAGCAGUCCUGCGUCAACUGUGGCCGGGAGGCCAUGAGUGAGUGCACCGGCUGCCACAAGGGCAACUACUGCUCCACGUUCUGCCAGCGCAAGGACUGGAAGGACCACCAGCACGUGUGCGGCCAGGCGGCGGCAGUAACCGUCCAGGCGGACGAGGUCCACGUGGCGGAGAGCGUGAUGGAGAAGGUCACCGUGUGAGGGCCCCACUGGCUGCUGUGGGUGCUGGGACCCCGCGCUCCUGUGAGGCUGUUGCCGGUCAGAGACCCCCUUGAGGACUUCAUGGGACACUGAGAAGAAAGGGGUCAUAAAAAGGUGAAGAAACUUGCUGGCCAAGUUACUGACAAACCGAGCGGACUGCGCCCUUGGAAGCCAGCCCUGCUGCGUGGCCCCGGGGAGGGCUGUCACGCUGCAGACGGCCACUCCGCAGAGGCCACGCCGAGGCCACCCGGCCUCCCACGGUGCUCUCAUCGUCCCUCGGAUCACGAGCAUCCCGUCUAGCCCAUGGCUGUGCCUGUGCCGUGACACGUGUACAUGCGUGUGUGUUCGUCAACGAAGUUGUAAAUAAAGCCUCCUGCCCCCCA